CUGGCCUGGGCUUCGCAGGGGUGCGAAGCAUCCUCCCCUAAAGCAGAAAGAGGCAGGGGAACCCGGUGCUGGUAUUUCAGAGGAUGGGAACCACCUUUAGAGGAGCCUGCGCUUUAAAUCCCCCCAUAACGACGCCCUUGUCCUUCUGCCACGAAAAAAAAAAGUCCCUUUCUGGCCCCUGUUCAGCUUUGCAGAGAGGCCGAGCAGGAGCACAAGGAGCCCAUUUAGGACUCGGCCAUCUCCGGUUGCGCUCCCCGGGGACCUGCUGCAGGAGGGCAGGCUUUAACCCCGCAGCCAGCAGCGCUCAGGGGCUGAUGUGGCGAUGGAGCAGCGCUCGGUGACCCCGUGCCGUGGAGGCUCCGCUCCCCGCGCAGGAUCAGCAGCAGCAGAGCCAGCGGGUCUCACUGCCCGCUCCGGGAGGGCACCGCACGCAUGGUAGCCGGCCUGGCCACCCGCUGCCACCACGGGUGCUGUGAGGUGGCCGCCGCGGGCAGCGGGGCGCGAUGGCCCAGUCCCGUGCCAACGGGUCGCACUACGCACUGACGGCGAUAGGGCUGGGGAUGCUCGUCCUGGGCAUCAUUAUGGCCGUGUGGAACCUCGUCCCCGGCUUUGGUCCCGUCGAAAAACCCGCUGGCCACUCUGGUAACAGCAGCAAGCCCGACCGUGGCAGCGGGGGCAUUUUGAAGAGCAAGACGUUUUCCGUGGCGUACGUGCUGGUCGGGGCGGGGUUGCUGCUGCUGCUGCUCUCCAUCUGCUUGAACAUCCGCGACAAGAAGAGGCAGAGCGAAGAAAUAACCAGGGUGCAGCACCAGGCAUCGGCAGAGCCCUCGCAGCAGGAGGACAGCCAAGAAGAGGAUGAAGACACGUCCUCCCGGUACUACGUCCCCAGCUAUGAGGAGGUGAUGAACGCAGGCUACUCCGAGCCCCAUAACCCGGACAGGAGCCACAGGCUCAGCGUCUCGCUGCCCUCCUACGAGUCACUGACGGGGCUUGACGAGGGCGCACAGCCCCAGGGAGCAGCCGGCACGGAGCCUGGUGUGGAGCCUGGCACAGAGCGGCCUCCUGGUCGGCACAACUCACGCCUGAGCAAGCGCCUGAAGCCCCUGAAGGUGCGGAGGAUCAAGUCGGAGAAGCUGCACCUCAAGGACAUCCGUCUCAACCUCGCCGACGGGAGCAGCACCCACCCCAUCACGAUCGAGCCACUGACACCCCCGCCAAAGUAUGAGGAGAUCCAGGAGAAAGCGCUGGAGAGCCAACAGAUGACUUAGAGAGGGGAAUUUGGUGAUUCUGCGGGUUGAAAACACUUGGAGAGGCUUGGGCAGAGGGUGUGGGAGCAUUUGGCACUCCCCGGAUGCUGAAAUAUUGAGGGAGCAGUCAAUGGAGACUGCAGCAUUGCACGAACAGGACCGUCUCUUCCCAGGAUGGUGUGUCAGAUACCAUAGGGAAAUGGCAAUGUGCCUGCUGCUGUGAAGGACACAAAGGUCGGAAGGACUGGAUAUGUGUUUUGUGUUGUUUUAAAUUAAGGACAACCUAAUGUAUCUUUUCUCCUUUGUGCCUUGCCCCAACAAAAGGUUUUGAAGCCACCCAACUGCUAUUUAGCAACAAUUUUCCAAGAGAAAAAAGGAAAUGUUCUUUUUUUCUUUCUUUUUCUUUUUCUUUUUUUUUUUCCAAGUCUUUUCUUUUGGAGUAAGGCAAGCAAAAGUGUCAGAUCAGUGCCGUAGCUGUUCUCUGCUCCAGUCACCGGUGGGGUUGGGAUAGUGGCAUGGGGCCAGCCCAAGCCCAUGCAGAGUUGUGUGCUUGCUGGUGCAAAGCAGAAUGAAACGAGCCCUUAAACUUGUCAGACUCGUAGGUAAGGCUUUACCCAUAGGAAGUUUCUUACUGGCAUCAGCGCUCGUGCUCCUGUGGGAGAGGACUGUAUUUCUUGCCUCGGUGGUUUUCUCUUUGUGCGUUGUGUUGGGAAUUGAAGGGACAGUUGGUGAAUGCAGGGGGCUGGGAGCUGCAGCAAUGUACCUCUGCCAAGAGGUGUUCAAGAUGUGCUGGGUGCGAAACGACUGUAGAGUGUGCUGUGCAAGCAGACCUUUUCUAAAUAAAUAUUUUGUACAUGG